UAAUCUACUGGAACGUGUAAACUCUGUGGUCAACUGCGUCUUGUCAAGCAAGUCAAUUAAUGUUUAUUCAAGACUCACAAAGGAUGGACAACAGCAAUUGACUACUAAUUUGUUGACAGAAGUUUCGGCAAUUCACGCUAGUAUCUUAGUCUGAUUUUUGUCUAUCGAUUAGUUUACUUAUUUGUAAAAACGAAAGUACUUCAAAACAGUGCAAAAAGAGUGAUUUUUAUUUAUUAUUAACAAAUAAGAUAAUAAGAUAUGGAGAGAAGUACUGGACGGAGGUACGAGGAAGAGGCAACUGAGCAGCCCGUAGAUUACAUUAAAAAAUAUGUAGAGAGAAAGACGGUAGCUCAAAGCCAUCCUAUUGAAGGCUCACCUAGAGCUGAUAGAUCUUGUAAGAAGGAAUUUGGAGAACGUGACUCCAAAGUAGAUCUAUUUGGAGACUAUGCAGAGACUGAUCUCGAUCAGCCUACAGAUUACAGUUUGAGAUAUGCUGAAGAUGAUACCGAUGAUGAUGAGAAACAGAGUCCUGAGUACUUCUCAGGAAGUGUUCAGGAGGAUACAGUAAAAACAUAUUGCACAGAAGGAACUCCUUAUGAGACUCCUUUUAAUUUUUCUACUGCAACUUCAAUGUCUGAUUUGCGGCUUGAAGAUGCAAAGGAACCAAUAGAUUCACAGAAGAAGCUUAAUAAAAAAGCUCUUGAUCUUGGUCGUAAGGAGGAUUUGACAUUUGAGCGUACUCUGCCUCUUAAUUGUAAUGAAGGUCGAUCUCAUCUUGUUGAGAAAGAAUUAGAAACUAUGAAGACUUCCCAAGCAUGCAAACCAGGUCGUCUCUCUCCUGAAAAAUUGCUAGAUUAUUACCAACCUGGAACAUCGAAUGGCUUCUCCCGUGCCAAUUCUCUCAGUUCUCUUGGUAGUGCAAUAACACAAAGAAAUAAUGGUUCUGAAAUUCCUAAAGUAUCUCCUACAGAUUCUACAGAUAAGAUUGACAGUAGGUCAGAAAGAGUAGAUCACAAUGUGACCAGUCCUAAUGUUAACGGUUUACGCAUAUCUACAGAAACUGAUAACUCAACAGAAGGAAAAAAUAAUACUAGAGUUGUAGACAAAGAAGGGAAAAUGGUGACAUUCAGUAGACAGGAUUACUACGCGGAGCAAACUCCGUUAAUGUUUUCACGUUGUAGCUCUCUCGGUUCGCUAAGCGGUUUCGAACAGCAUUCUAUACACGAUGAUCGCAGCUCUGUCAUCAGCGAUUUUAGUCGUAGAACCAGCGGCGUUGUGUCUCCGAGUGAAUUACCAGACUCACCUACACAAACUACUCCUCCUAGUCCUCGCAAUCACAAGAGUCAAUGCACGGAUUUCAUAAGCAAAAUACCAGAAGAAGCAGUAAGACCGUCCGUUCGACAUUUAUCGUAUUCAAAGUGUCACGCACCGCGGACAAGCGUUUUCGAAGAUGACAUUGCCACAUUCAAAGAAGAGUCAACACCGAUUGAAUUCUCUACAGCUACUAGCCUGAGUUCUCUAACAAUUGACGAUGAGUUAAAGAUAACUAACGGUUCUAAAAUGCAGUCUGAGGUAAAAGACUCGUCGAAUAAUCUUGAUAAAAACAUUAAAGUUGAAUCGUCAGAAGAAAAAGUAAAUAAUGCAGAGACUGAGAAAGAUCAAGAACAAGUAAGCGAUGGCGACGAGGAUGAUGAGGACAUGUUAGCUGCUUGUAUCAGCAUGGGCAUACAAAAUAAUAGGUACAGACAAUCUUUCAAAACAUCUAAUGUUCAGAAAUCUAUCCAGCCUGAAUCCUCGAACAUGCUGCGCUGCCAAAGGCCCGUGGUUUUGAAUCAAUUGGAACUUCGCGUUCCUGUUGCCAACAUAGAUACUUCAGUGACUGCUUCCAAAACGAAUAAAAGCGCUAUAGAAGUAGUUAGUGCUCCCGAUACGAUGCAUGUAUAUUGCACAGAGGACACGCCAGCUGAUAUCUCUCCAGUGGGAUCGCAAUCCAAUCUUUCCGCAUUGUCUAUGCCAAGCGUUCAAGAGGGCGUCGAGAGGAUUGAAAAGGACAAGUCUUCCAGUGAAGUUGAAUCCCAUAGAAAUGAUCUUUCAGAUGAGAGCUCUAAUCUUUCUGGGGAGGACGAGAAAAUUCUUGACGCAUGUAUUCAGUCAGGAAUACCAAAGGUUCGUCAAAUAACACCGCCACCGACAAGUUGCAUUUCCUUUGCGCAAAAAGCAGAUGUGUCUACGCAAAUAUUCAACAAAUGCGGCACACCGUCAUCGUCUCCCGUCGAAAGUAGGAAUAAAAACCCUAUCCACGGUAAAUCUCUCUGUCGCGCAACCUUGGAACACGACAAUGACCUUUCCGAUGAAAGUCCUAAUCAUUCAGACGAUGAGGCCGUUUUGAACGAGUGCAUAAGAUCAGCGAUGCCUAAGGUUAGGUUGAAUAUCUCGACUUUGAUGGGACAAACGUUGCCUCAAACGGUUGACAAAUUAAAAACUGCAACUAUCAGAAAACUGUCCUCUUCCGUAUCGUACAGUCAGUCUGAAUACGCUGAGCAGAACAAGCAGAAGUCGAAAAAACCCGUUGCUUUCGACGACAACUUGAGUCUAUCGGAGGAGGAGGAAGAUAUUAUGUUGGCUCAGUGUAUUAAAUCCGGUAUGCCGAAGGCAUUGAAUGGUUCGUCAAAUUCAUCUUUGGUGAAUACGAAGAAGCAAUCGGAACAGUAUUCAAAGACCAAGGCCGCUACUAGUACUUCCUCUUCUUAUUUUAACAAAUCUGGCUCGAGUAGGAAUGCCACUGUGCAGAUACAAUCGACGCAUAGGUCUGUUCAAAACGGUUCAUCGGUAUUUAUGCACGGAGGAACUUCCUGCAUCCUUCACUCCGCAAAGGCAUUAGAAAACCGACGGUUACUAGUAAAGAAUGGCGGGAUAAAUGGAUGCGAGAGGGUAAAUCCAUCGGCGUUGUGCAACAGGAAGUAUUCGCAGACAGAGCAAGAUCACGGCAGCGUCAACGAGAACAGUUCGACCCCCCUGCGUUCUCGGGUCCCCAAUUGUAGAUCCCCUAUUUCAAACGGGACGGAUAACGAUGACGACGAACCCUGUCGCAACUCCGUGAAAUCUAACGUGGCGCCCUCUCGUCACAGUUCGGUGAGUUCGCUCAGCGAAGAGGGAUCCCUUGGGUCCAUCGAGGAGUGGGCACUUUUGGAGCUGUGCAUCAGCUCAGGCAUGCCUAGGAAUAAGUAUCGUCUCAAGACGAUAAAAGGCUCCGAAGGAAGCAACCACGAGGAACGCGACACGAUAGCUGAAGAUAAUUACUCUAUAUGUAGCUACAAUUCCUAUGUUUGUAAGACGUAAACAAAUUGUUAACACGUUUUGCUUUAUCGACGGUUCUAUGUAUCAUCUGUUGAAAGACUGAAGACUUUUUUACGAUUAUCGUUGAGAUUGGAUGGCGUGUAUGGAGGUAGAUAGGUGCCAGGGGAAAACCCUAAAUUUGAAGGUAAACUUAGGCAACAGUUUAUAUCCCAUUUUUUUAGGGCGGAGAUUGUUCAAUUCGUGGGACUUGCUCUGCGUGACUAUAACGAAAACUAUGUUAAUCAUCCAAUAAUCGUUGAUUUUAAACUUGUGGUUAGCUAUAGUAUUCUUACUUCCUAUUUUUUAUAUCAGAUUAAGCGUUACUCAUUUCUGCUGCAGCAUGUGAUAUUUAUUCAAUCGAAGAAGAAGGUAUACAAAUGAAAAGAGUAUUUACUACGUGACUUGGGUGCUUUCUCUAAUCGCUAGAAUGUUUUUUAAUCGCUAAGUAUGAAGUUGCGGUGUACGUUAACACUUUAUCUACCAGAGAGCCUAUUAAUUAUGUAACGUUAUGUAGAUUAACGUAACUAAGUUCUAGACUAUCUAGACUGUUUCUAAAUAGACCGGUAGUUAAAGUGUUAAGAUCAGUAGGAACGUGUUAAGACGAAUGUAUUUCAUAUUUAGUGAUUAAAAGUCUUAAUCAUAACACUAUUACGCUAUCGAUAAUAAAGUUUCGACCUAUUGAUUUAUUAUAGAAUGUUUCUUUGUCUUCCAGGAUCUGUUGUGUACUGGGAAGUUGGUAUUUUGUAAUAUGCCUUUCCUUCUCCCUUUCCCUGUCGGACGUUCAUAUGUGUGCUUGCGUGCCUGUGUCAUAACAUUUAAGGCUCGGAAGAGAUACCGCAAACUUGCAGAGCUGUGACAUAAUGGAUCACGUACUACAAUUUAUUGCGUAGUAUAAAUUCACGAUUGUUGUCCUCGAGUAUUCAUUUCCUGACAGUGAGAAUGGUGUGUACCGUUUGAAAUAGAAAUGGCAGCCAUUUAGCGUGAUGUUUCUUGCAAUUAUUUACAGUUAUUAAACAACUCAAAACACAUUUAUUGUUAUGCAAACAAUAAA